AUGAGAAUUUUUAUUUGGUUUUUAUUAAUUAAAGCGUUGUUUUGUUUUUCAGAAGGAAAACCAUGUCCUGAAAAAUAUAGACCACACAAGACUCGUUGUGAUUCAUAUUAUAAGUGUGUUAUUUUACCAUCAAAAUCACAUGUUUGGAUGCCUGCAAAAUGUGAACGUGGAUUAAUAUUUGAACCAAAUUUAAAACUUUGUGUAUUACCAGGCGAUGAUUGGGAAUGUAAUGCAGGAGAGAAUACAUCGACUGAGCUCAAUAAUGAUUCACAAAUGAAAACCGAUGAAGAUGAAAAUGUAUUUGUACCAGCAAAUUUAGAUAAAAAUGAAAUUGUUGAAGAUCAAAUUGAAUCAAGUGGAGAUGGUCCAGUAGAAGUUUCAUCAAAGGAACAUGAUAGUUCAAAACUUCGUGAAAAUUUCGAUGAAUUACCAGAAACAUUAUCAAAAGUUGAUCCAAAAUUAAAGUCUCAAUUGCAAAGACUUUCACAAAUAAUUGAUGGAUUACAAAAUACUUACAAAAAUAAGAAAAAUUCCACUUCAAAUGAAUUAAGACCAGAUCAGUUAAAUGCAUUUUUAGCUCAUUUCAAUAUAAAAAAUGAAUUUGAUUCUUUUAAUCCAAAUAAUGACGAUUUUAAAAUAGAGAAUUUUGGAUACCGAAGACAAGAUUAUAAUAAUGAUGAAAGUAGUAGUGGUCAUUCGAAUUCUCAGAUAGUUGUUAAUAGACCUGAAGGUUCUGUUGUAUUUUCUUUGGCAAAUCCACAGAAACCAUAUCAGGAACAAAAAUAUAAUGAUGUCAAUAAACAUGAUCCGUUCGAUUACAAUACUGUACCUAAAAUAUCCGAAGAAACAUUAAAAACUGUACUUGAAUUAUCAAAACAAAUGAUAUCAAAUCAAAAUGUCCGACAAGUUUUACCGAAUAUGGGUGGAAUUUAUCAACCAAUUUUAACGCCACUAUAUUAUCCCCCAAUGCCAUCCCAUUCGUAUCAUUUUCAUACUACUGGCGGAUCUCCUGAUAUUAAAUACCCAAACUACCAUUCAAAUAUUCAGAACCAUUAUCAUGAAUUACCCGAAAAAGACGAUGAAAAAUAUGACAAAUUUACUUCAACAGCUUAUAUAACAAAUAAUAAAAAACACAAACCUGAAAAAACUACAGUAAUUCAAAAUAGUGUUAUACCGGUUCACAUAACUACCCAUUCUGACAAGGGAAUUAUUAAACGUCCAGAAAUAUCAUCAUUCUCAGGUAACCGGCAUGACAGUAUUGCAGAUGAAAAUGAUUUCAAUCAAAUUCCGGAAUUACCAACAAAUUUAAAUAAUCAGUAUUUAAGUCCAUCUAAAAGUAUUCUUAAUCCAAAUUUCGCAAUAUCUUCAACAUCUACAUCAGCUCCAAUGACUACAGCUACCACAACAGAACGUCCAUACCAAUACCCUCCUUCGCCUCCAACAAAUCAUAUGUCAUUUUUGAAUUAUUAUACACCAAAUCCACAUUUAGACGAUUCAAAUGCUAAUAGUAUAUUUGAAAAUGCUGAUGAAGGCCAUUAUCCAAUUUUAUCAGGACAAUAUCAACAUAAUAAAAAGCCUUCGUACUAUUAUCAAACAAAUAUUAAAGUUCCGUCAUCACAAUCUCAAUCAAAUCAAAAUAUUCAAAUACAACCGCAACAGCCACAGUAUUUGUUAAAUAUGGGAAUGAAUAGUAUAGGAAAUAGUAUAAACGCAAACAUAAAUGAAGGUAUGGAACAAAUGAAUGAAUAUGAAAGCAAUUCAUCACCACUAUCAUCAUUAAAUUAUCAUAUGGGAAAACCAUGUCCUGAAAAAUAUAGACCACACAAGACUCGUUGUGAUUCAUAUUAUAAGUGUGUUAUUUUACCAUCAAAAUCACAUGUUUGGAUGCCUGCAAAAUGUGAACGUGGAUUAAUAUUUGAACCAAAUUUAAAACUUUGUGUAUUACCAGGCGAUGAUUGGGAAUGUAAUGCAGGAGAGAAUACAUCGACUGGUAUUACAUUAGACGAUAACAAUAUUUAUGGAAUUGAUUUAUUAAAAAUAACUCCUGAUGCUCCAACAAAAGCUCAAUAA